CCGCCCCCCGCCCUCUCUCUCAUCCCUCUGUGCGCGCCGGUGGCGGCGGCGGCGCCGCGCUCCCUCCAGCCGCGCCCGCGCAGCUCCCGCAGUCUCUCUGGAUUUAUUUAUACCAAAUUAAGACAGUGGAAAAAGUCCUAGCUAAAAAAAUGAUUGCCACCUCUCUCCCCUGACUUCCUCAGUCCUUUGGAUGAAGAGCCUGCCAAAGUCAGAUGGGACAUGUGUGCGUGUAUCCCUGGUGUUUGCAAAGGAGCAAAUGCCAGCAUGACUAGGGUCUGAGGAAGUGCUUCUGUGUUCCUACCACGGGUUUGCUGGUGCAGAGGAAGGGUGCAAAGGACAGCAGGGAUAUUUUGAGCUACUAUGGAUAUCCCCACUGAUUUGGUGCCGUCCUCCAUGAUGUCCCAACCUGAGGUAAUUGAGUCCACAGCCAUGAGCGAACCACAGUGUUACUACAAUGAAACCAUUGCCUUCUUUUAUAACCGAAGUGGAAAAUAUCUAGCCACGGAAUGGAACACUGUCAGCAAACUUGUAAUGGGACUGGGGAUUACCGUCUGCAUCUUCAUAAUGCUGGCCAAUCUCUUGGUUAUGGUGGCUAUUUAUGUCAACCGCCGAUUCCACUUUCCUAUUUAUUACUUAAUGGCCAACUUAGCUGCUGCGGACUUCUUUGCAGGGCUGGCCUACUUUUACUUAAUGUUCAACACAGGACCCAACACUAGAAGACUGACUGUAAGCACCUGGCUUCUCCGUCAGGGUCUCAUUGACACUAGCCUGACAGCUUCUGUAGCCAAUUUGUUGGCCAUCGCUAUUGAGCGGCACAUAACGGUUUUCCGAAUGCAGCUACAUACUCGGAUGAGCAACCGGCGAGUCGUGGUCGUAAUUGUUGUAAUCUGGACUAUGGCCAUUGUCAUGGGCGCCAUACCAAGUGUUGGAUGGAACUGCAUUUGUGACAUCACUCACUGCUCCAACAUGGCACCACUCUAUAGUGACUCCUACCUGGUCUUCUGGGCUAUUUUCAACCUGGUCACUUUUGUGGUCAUGGUAGUCCUAUAUGCUCAUAUCUUUGGGUAUGUCCGCCAAAGGACUAUGAGAAUGUCCAGGCACAGUUCUGGACCCCGCAGGAAUCGGGACACCAUGAUGAGCCUCCUGAAGACUGUGGUCAUUGUGCUUGGUGCUUUCAUAAUCUGCUGGACCCCAGGAUUAGUCUUGCUGCUCCUUGAUGUUUGCUGUCCCCAGUGUAACGUCCUGGCCUAUGAAAAAUUCUUCCUGCUCCUGGCGGAGUUCAACUCUGCCAUGAACCCCAUCAUCUACUCCUAUCGGGACAAGGAGAUGAGUGCGACCUUCAAGCAGAUCCUCUGCUGCCAGCGCAGUGAGAGUGCCAACGGCCCCACCGAAGGCUCGGACCGGUCGGCAUCCUCACUGAACCACACCAUCUUGGCUGGUGUCCACAGCAACGACCACUCGGUGGUGUAAAACCGCAGCCAGCCGCGUGGCCGACAAAGAGCAGCGGGCUAUGCCACAGAGCUGGGUGGGAGCACGGCCCCAGGGAAGGUUACCCACUCACAAGGUUUUCUCAAACACUAAUGGACUACAAGUGCUUCUUUUCCAGGGAGCCCAACACACUGGCGCAGUCCACCCCAUCUGCAGGACUGGCCGAGCUGCAAGGCUUUUGAUUUCUGCUUUCAAAAAGCAGAAGGCAGGUGCCUUGUGGUGAAAGUCAUCGAUAGCUCAUGGAAAGCCUCACUGAGACUUUGUCGGACUUCGCUGCAUCUUGGUGCCAGUCUGAAUCAACUCCGAUUAAUUAAGCUUAUACCUGCUUCACUGCAUUUACAUGUAGCCACUUAGUCUUUUUAAAAAGGGAGUAAAGGGGAUAAAAGUAUGCCUAUCAUUUAAUAGACAUGUAAUAUUUAUCAUCAUCAGCAUGCUUGUGAUGAACAUUUUCUGUGCAGGGAGUAAAACUGUGCUCUAGUCUUCAUAUCCUUAGCCACUCUGCCAUAACUACAUUAAAAACAAAAGUAUUUUUUUUUCUAAUACAGGCAACAGAAAGAUGAUGGAAACUGACUCUUCUUACCUUCAUUACUGGUGUUAGAAAGCAUGCAUGCUCUGUGUGUAUGCAGAUUGUUUUAAUUAGGUAAAAAAAACAAAAACAAACCCUUGUUGUAAAGUCUUCAGGAAAGUAGAAAAGCAUAGACUGUAUUCCAGUGUUUGUUUAGAUUAUGAAAUAAACAGUACUCUAGUCACAAGGUAUUUAACGUUGUUCUUUGAAGAGCAGUAUGCAAUGUAUGACACAUGAGGGGUCCCAAGUUUUUCAUGGACAAGUUCUUAAAGUACAACACAUUGCUAAGGUCUGAAAGGGCUACAGUCAGGUUGAUAGAUUUUAAAAUAUAUAUAUUUAUGGCAUUGGGAAAGCAAAGGGAUUUUUAAUGUAAAAAAAUGGAUAUGUUUUAAUGGUAUUUUUCUUGUAAUUAGAAAAAACAAACAGCUACUGCAUUUUUGCACUGAGUAACAUUUCUAGGCUAUCUUUCAAAAGAUGUAUGCUUCAUCCUACAAGCCAUGGACUACUAAGAACCAAGGUACAAUUUUAUUUUGUAAGGUGAAAACGACAUAGGUAGUCAGCUAUUGCAAGUGAUGCUUGCAAUAUAUAUACCUAUAUAUUAUAGGUCUGUAUACCUAUAGACCAUGCUACAGGUAACAGCCACACAUGCACAUUGUUAUGAACAGCUAACCUAACAGACGGAUUUUUUUCAUGUACAUGGCUGUUUUGAAGGGAAAUGCCAAUUGUGUGAAUCUUCGUUAGCAAGAAUCAGUGACAUUAAUCAAAACUCCCUGACAGGGGUAAAAGUGAACAAACAUGGGAUCUUGCUAAUAAAAAACUUGGGACCUUUCACUGGGAAGCUGUGUGUUCUCCUGACAAUGUCAAAUAUAUCAACAGUAAAUUCCUGGGGGCAUUUUACUCAUCAUAAUUUGCCUCUAUAUCAACAACAACAAAAAAACCAACAAACCAAAAAACAAACAAAAAGCCAAAACCACAAAACAAACAAAAAACAAACAAAAAAAAUAGAGAUGUAUCCUUCAAAGUACUGUCCUGGAAUGUAAUAUAAGGGGCAAUAUUCUCCCAUUCGGGCAAGGAGGAAAUGGAGGAGGCAGGGUCAGCCCAGCAAGCAGCAGAGUUUUUAGCAUCCCUUGCUUUGAAGAGAUGUAUGGAUUUUAUGCUUCCAAGCAUAAAAUAGCUUGGGAAAGGCAGUUCCUCACUGAGGGAGGGAAGAGCAGCAAGUGAGCAGAAACUGUCUCCACUGAAUAAAGCUGGAAGUUUUGCCAUGGCUUUUAGUAAAACUGAAAUUCAUCUGUACUGUCAAGCCAAAUUUGUGUGGACAUUGUGGAAGAUGGAGCGGGCAGAGAAGAUAAACACAACAUUAUCUGCCAUUUGACCGAGUUACUGAAUGUCACACUUACUUUGGACAAACCAGUUCUUUUUCCUGACUCUAUUUGAGAGCAAGUGAAUGUGAAGGCCGAUUUGCUUUUUAUCCACAUAACAGUACUGAGAAAAAGAAGAACAAGCUAUAUGAACUUUUUGAUUUAAAAACAUCUUCUUGCUAAGCCACUCAUAAAUUUUCAUUACUGCUUGCAUGGUGUUUGAGCUAUUGCAGGUAAGCAGAAGAAGGGAGAGGGUAAGAGUGCCUCCAAUGACCGGCAACAUCUGACUAAAAAAUAAUUUCCUUUUCUCAAGAGUGCUCAUAGUUGCUUUCUUCCUUGGAUCAGGCAGAGCACUUUUUGCUGUCCCCAGCUCCCUCACGAAAGAAGGAUAUCAUAGACACUUCCUUUUUUUUGGGAGGGGGGGUGUUUUUUUUUUGGGGGGGGGGGGUUGGGCGGGGGUUGGGGGAGGCGUGAGGACAGUGUGCCCUUUCCAAGUGUCCUUUUCACUGCUGUUUGCAUGCUGUUUAGUGAAUCUCUCCUGGAUAGGGUGGGGGGAUGAUGAUCUUAAGAAAGAGCAGCAACUAAUUCACCUUAGCUUACUGUGCUGAAAGUGCAGUGAUUUUAGAGAAGUUGUGGGUGAGUAGUUUUAAACCAUGCAAUUGUUCAUGAUAUGCAGGUGGGUCCAGAGGCCGCUUGUGAAUAUAUGUGUCCAGGGCAGCUUUUAUUUUCUUAUUGUAAUUGUGACAGGUGGCAGUUGCUGCCCAGGUACAUCGAUCAGCUCUUCUCCAAGGAGGCAUUUGACAAUUCAAGAAGCUGGACCAUUUGAACACUUAAAUUUAAGAUUUAAGUUAAAUUUCAGUUAAAAUUUCAGUUGUUAUGUAGAUUAAUCAGAGCACUUCUAGCAGCAGGUGGCUUUUUCUUCCAGAAGGUGAAGUGCGAUGCUUUAAAGCAAAGGCAACAGAACACAAACGUUGCUUGUACGAUUCCACUAGAGGAACUCACUGAGCGUGUGGCUGCUGUUUAAAAAUUAAUUAGUGCUUUAUUUUUUUGACAUGAUCUCUCUAUAUCCUUGAAAAAUCUGAUCUGUGGAUUGAGUGUUUCUUUGCAAGCUAAUGAAAUUAAAGCUGCUGUGAGCAAAGAGAAUAAAAAUCAGAGCUUGGAAUAGGGUUCAUUUGCUGUCUUCUUUAGAGUGUUUCCCAUGCCACUUCGUUUCAUCUCAGAUUUUAACUUUUGCUUCUCUGUUCAGAUUUUCCAGCUUCAUUGUGCAGUUGUAGAACUCACUCCUGCUAUGUGAAAACAUGGUGCAAAGUACUUAUGGGAAAAAAAAAAAAUCGCUCCACUUAUUUUUACUUAUCUCAAAUCCUUCAAAAGGUUUUAGAAGACUUCUUAAAAUACCAACGAUCCUCCCACAGUCAUUAAAAUUCUUUUGUUGCUGGCUGCCUCUGGUCCAAGUAAAUCAUCUUGAACUUCAAAUGUAAUGGUAUUUGUUUCAGCAAUUGUAGUGGUGGGGAGUUGUGUAUUAAAAGGAAUAUGGUUGAUGAAAUAACUUGUAGGUCAAAGAAAAUGUAUUUUUCCUACUUCAUUUUUUUGGUGGUAGCACAAGUCUGAGAACUAAAAUUUUUUUCUUUGAAUGAAGUAUUAUUAAGUAGAAUUUUAACUCCUUGUUGUUAUCACAUUUAUAGAGGCUGGGUGACCCCAUUGGUCCACAGAACUGUUACUCACAGCAUUUACAUGAAAAGUUGAAAAUGUAAUCUGUGUUUGACACACAUUGCAUUUCUUGUCAACCCCUUUUUUGCUCUGUGUUCUCUGAUAUCUCUUGGUAGCCUCAGGCUGGCUGCUCACUGGGAUGUUCAAAGCUGGGCAGAUAGCUGGCACAAGGAAACAGGGCAGACCAAUUAAGAGCUUUUUCAGUGAUUCCUAAAACCAAGCACACCUGUCUGCCUGUAGUGCACCAGUAAUGGCAUUUUUAUAAUAGUUGCCCCAAGAUCCACUGUUGUUUUUUUAACUCUGUCUUACCCAACCAGUCAGCUGUGGCACUGCUUAAACAAGCUGGCAACAAAGGCUUGGUGUGGGUCACUCAGUGAAAAAAGAAAGGGCAGGCAUGUUCAUGGUGCAAAGCCUGGGCAACUUGGGUGUCAAAAGAGGAAUGGAGAUAUUUUUAUGUCCAGUAUCUUAGUUUUUCUUCCCCUCCAAAGUAACUUUUCAGUAUUGUCAUAAAUUUCUCCCAGUAUGGCACUGCAGUUAGAUGAAACUUUCCAAGUCACUCUGGGGAGUAUGUCUUUGGGUCUGUACCUUGGUGGUGGUCAGGAGGGGUUGGCCGCAGGCAAUCUGUCCCAGGAAACUCAAGUGGGCACUGCUUCUGAGGCAGCUUUUGGUAGCUUUUUCUGACCUCUGUGUUGCACCAGAAGUAUGCUGCCAGAUACCAGGCAUAACUACUGUGAAGCCAACUGGGGUUCCUCUCUGCGAUGCAACCACCACCAGCUCUAUCUGUUGUCCUGGCAGCAGUUAUCCAUGGGCUAAAACCACACUGCUUUUUCCAUGAAAGAAAUAAAAGCCCACCCAGCACAUUGUUCUCCCCAGGUGGGAUUAAAGAGGACAGUGCCAGAUGGAGAGGCUGUGAUGCACAGACCUGUAGUCUGCCUUUCAGUCACUGUGAAUCAAGGUGGUGCAAAGCAGAGCUGUCAAAGGCAUUUCUCUAGGGCAUUGUCCCCAUCCUCUGCUGAGGUGUGACCCCCAUCCCUGUUGUAGCUGUCAUUCCUUUGGGUCCCUUCUGACCAUGAGACAGAAUGGAGCUGGCAGAGGUCAGCGUUAGCAGAUGGCUCUUUUCCACCUGCUGCAGAAGUAACAUAACCCAAACAGAGACUUUUCCUUUCUGUUCCUCCUCAGGGCUUUCCUGCUGAGCAAUUUACAAUAGCAAUUCUGCCAGUCAUAGAAUCAUAGAAUCAUUUAGGUUGGAAAAUACCCUUACCUCUCCUAUCAGUUCGAUCAGUUGGUGAUCAGUCUGUGCUAUACACUGAUGUCUGUAUGGAGGAGUUUUGCAACUGCAAACUCAUUUGUUCAGGCGGAUUGCCCGAGUUUUACUAUUUGAUUGGAAAGGCCACUUCAAAUAGACAGAAAGCUUAAAGAGUAUUAACUCUUACAUCUGUCCAGCUAUGCCUCCUCAAGAGAAACUGCCCUUUUUCUUCCUCCUGUUUUCUUUUUUUAGAGGAUUUUCCCACAAAGUUAUUCACCCAGCUCCAGUUUUCUAAGUCUAGAAGGAGAAGAAAAGAGGUUGACAAAAAAACAAAAACAAACAAACAAAACGCCCCCCCCCCAAAAAAAAAAAAAAAAAAAAAAAAACCAAAAAAACCCACCCAAGUACCAAGGUUAUUAAACUAUGCUGCUGUCUUCUGUGGUAUAUGGAAAUCCAGCACUAAUAAGCAGCCAGCAUUAUAACAAGAGCCUCUGUGAAAUGUUCCCAUUUGCAUGUGAUACACUUCUGAUAACCAGAAGUGUUGGGGGGAGACUCAGGAAUCUGUUCGUUUGUUUUCCUGUUAAAAGAAAACCAUGUUUAUAACUCACAAGUAUGGAGAGAGCCAGUGAAGUCUGGCAAACAAUUUUGCUAUUAAGUGCACUUACUGUAAAUGUUUAGAGGUUGUAUCUAGUACAAUAAAGUAUUUAGCAUGUGUAAUACA